AUGGACUUUGUGACAGGCCUACCAAGGACGCUGAGCAGACAAGAUGUUAUAUGGGUGAUCGUGGAUCGCUUAACGAAGAUUACUCGUUUUGUGCCCAUUAAAGUUUCUUAUAAACUGGAGAAACUAGAUGAGCUGUAUGUGCACGAGAUAGUGAGAUUCAUGCAGUACCGAUAUCCAUUGUGUCGGAUAGAGACCCUCAUUUCACUGCCAAGUUAUGGCAAAACUUACAUGAGGCAAUGGAUUAUUCAGCAGACCACAGAGAAGAUAGAUAUCAUUCAGACUAGAAUGAAAGCAACUCACAGUCGGCAAAAGAUUUAUGUAGAUAAACGUCGUCGUCAGUUAGAGUUUGAGGUUGGAGAUAAAGUAAUUUUGAGGAUAGCACCAAUGAAAGGAGUUAUGAGAUUCGGAAAGAAUGGCAAGUUGAGCCCAAAAUAUAUUGGACCAUUGGAGAUUCUUGAUCAGAUUGGACUAGUGGCUUAUAGGGUGGCAUUACCACCGGCAUUCUUGGGAGUGCACAAUGUGUCUCAUGUGUCUAUGUUGAGAAAGUACAUCCAUGAUCCCACCCACGUUAUAGAUCAUAAACCACUUCAGAUUCAAGAGAAUAUGACCUACACCGAGGAACCAGUAUGGAUUUUGGACAGGAAAGAGCAAGUGCUAUGA